UGUCUGUGUCCGCCGUUCAGCUUCCCUUCCACUUCCAGUCGACUCGAGGUUGUCUGUGUGAGUGUGACAGUGACUUUGUGUCGUGUCGUGUGUUUCUUGUGAUUUGUUUACAUUGUUUACACUUAUGCUAAAAGUGGACUAUUCUUUAUACCUGCACGGAAUCUAGGCAGCGAUGCCGAGCCCAGGGACGGCUCCACCUCGCGAGGAGCCCCGGCCACGCGCCAUGCCCCCCAGCGCCGCUUAUCACCACUCGGCCUUCGUGCCUGUCGUGCCCAGCCGAUCCCUGCACCUCUACCAGCCGGGGGACGAGCUCAUGGCGAUGAUGGCCGACAAGCGCAAAGAGCUGGCUCUGCGAGAGGAAGCCGCUUGUGUAGCAGCAGCGCACGCCGCGGCCGCGAUGUUGCUGCCCCACGGGGCGCCCCCUCCUGCCCCCUACCCCGCGGGGCUUUUUCCUACCGGGGCUUCAGGGGGCCGGGUUCCCUCUGGCACCCCCGUGUUCCCCUCGGCCUCAGGACCCCACUCACACCUGGACCGCCGACUAUUGCGACCCCCCGGUCGAGCUUCUAGGCCGAAGAAGCAAUUCAUCUGCAAGUUCUGCAACCGGCAGUUCACCAAGUCCUACAACCUGCUGAUCCAUGAGCGCACUCACACGGACGAGCGACCUUACUCUUGUGACAUCUGCGGCAAGGCUUUCCGCCGACAAGAUCACCUCCGGGACCACAGGUACAUCCACAGCAAGGAGAAGCCCUUCAAGUGCACGGAGUGCGGCAAGGGAUUCUGCCAGUCCAGGACUCUGGCCGUCCACAAGAUCCUGCACCUCGAGGAGUCGCCCCACAAGUGUCCUGUGUGCAGUCGCAGUUUCAAUCAGCGCUCCAACCUCAAGACCCACCUGCUGACCCACACCGACCACAAACCUUACGAGUGCAACUCCUGUGGAAAAGUAUUCCGUCGUAACUGUGACCUUCGGCGUCACGCGCUAACUCACGCUGUAGGAGACGUCCCGCCUGACGUGCUCGCGGAGACUCUUCAAGGUGGAAAUGCUCCUGAGAAUCUUCACAAAGAGUUUGCUUCCAGUAAUUCUCCUAAUGAUAGCAGAUCGUCCGAUGAAGACCCGUCCAGAACACCUUCAGUCGAAAGAACUUACGUUUCUUCAGAGAUGUUUUCUCAAUUCCGACGACGUUCUCCGUCUCCUGGGUCCCCGACAAGACGGCACUCUCCGUCACCGGUGUCGAUGUUCCGUCGACAAUCUCAAUCCCCAGUUUCCGUGUUCCGUCGGCAGUCGCCGUCCCCCGUGGCAAACAUCAGGUGCACAUCUCCACAGCCCGGUCCCAGUAGGAUAUCAUCCACUUUCAGGCGUCAGUCGCCUUCACCGAUCCCCAUGUUCAGGCGUCAGACCACGUCACCAGUUCCUCUCUACCGGAGGCAUUCUCAGUCUCCAGUACCGAUUUUCAGGCGCCAUUCUCCGUCUCCUAUGCCGAUGUUCAGGCGCCAUUCGCCCACCAAUCUUUCCGCUCGGAAACGCUCACCGUCCCCCAACUCGACCAAGUGUCACCAUCCUCACGAUCCCGUGUACACGAUGAGGCCUCCGGGGUCGAGACCUCAACUCCAGGUUCGCAGAGAUCUUCACGUAUCCAUCCCGCCCUCGGCGACCGUCACCAGCAAUCAAGAACUGCCGAACGCUUUAGGCCUGGGGAUAUUUCGCCGCAAACUACCGGAACCUCCUGACAUCCCCCCGGCCGCUUCCUCGCCGGAGUGCCCCAAGUCCGGUGCUGGGCCCAGUGACUCCACUCCUACUCCUGCCGCAGUUCCUGGCCCCUCCGUCGACGCCGAGCCUGCGGCCGUCCCCGCUCCUGUUCCUCCACCGGCGCCGACCCAGGGCCCCACCACCAAGAAGCAAGGCUUCAGCAUAGAGGAGAUCAUGCGUCGAUAAGAAUAGUAAUAAUUGCUCAGACACAUGCCAAAUCGUCGGUACUGUAAAUUGUUUUGUAAAUAGUCAUAGUAUGGAUGACAAACUAUAGUUCCACAUGUGCCGUGUGUUAUUGUUGCAUUCAAGUAUUUAUAGUGUGAAUGGUCAUACUCAUGUAGUGUGUGAAAUACUGACAAGCUUUCAUUCCAUUGACUAUCACGGUUUGUACAUUGGUGUGAAAAAUCAUUUUAAAAUCGAAUGUUGUAUAUAGAAUGAGAGGCACUGUCAUGUCAAUUUAUCUAUUUCAGAAAAAUGUAUUUUUCGAUGAUUUUUCAAUACUACUUGUUUCCUAAAAUUAAUUGUUCGUAGCAGAUGAAUAACUAGAUGAAACUUCCGUCCGUUUCGUGGUAUUUUUCAUUCUUAAUAAGGUACAAAUUGUACUUUUUUGUGUGGAAAUGAAAAAAUAGCGGAUAAGAAUUAGUUUUGGGGAGUAUCUCGAGGUAGCCGGGUGUUGUUUGCCGAGGAUAGCGGAGCGGCUGCCACAGUAGUUUGAUGGCUCCCGCUUAUCGAGUCGCUGACAGGGCGUUUCCUGUGUGACCAAGAGCAGUUUUUAUACGUCCAGGAGCUUGAGAAUGCGGGCCAUUGUGUAAUUACCAUAUGUUAAGUGCCUUGUUGAGCAUUUCCUGCAAAGUAAUCCGUUUACACCGACAACUAGCUUACAAGACGGAAUUCAUUAUAUUUAAUCGUACAAGAUCUACAUCCUACUACUGUUUCAACAAGUCCAAGUAGUUCCCGUCAUUCAUUUUUACAAUGUAAACCUAUUCGUUUUUUGUACUUUUUAAACGUUUUUUAUGUCAAUGAAAAUAAUGUGAAGCUAUUACAAUGUGUUUUUGUAAUAAAGGAUUUAUUGGAGGUUAUGUACAGGUGAACUUUUAUGAUGAUGUUAUGUUUAUAAAGAUUUACAUUUUACUUUGUAGUAUGUGAGUGAAUUGUUGUAUUGGUAAAAUGAAAUGUACAUAUUAUCUGUUAGUAGUUUAUUCUUUAAGGAUUGAAAUUUUUAUACAAUUGAUUUUUUUUGACAUUGUGAUGUUUGUGAAUAAAAUGAUUUUCAAGUA